AUGCUUACACACGCUACAGAUAGGAAGUCACACUACUCCACUAUUUCUCGCGCUUCAUCCAACCCAUCUAGCGUCACACACUCAAACCACAGUGUCUUUUCGGGCGCUUCGGGGUACGAGACUGCUCUCUCGGACGAUGCUUUUGAAGACCCUCGCCCUUCUAAACCUUCAUUCAGGCCUCCGCCGGUUUCCCAAUCACCUUAUUUCGAGCCGGUCGAGCGCGGUUCGCGAACUGGCAGUACACAUAGCAGUGAACGCGUCCAAAGUGUCAAAGCAGCUCAAACACCGUUCACACGGGCACUGGCGAAGAUGGAGAAUGCUGGUACUCGCAUCAUGUCUGCUCGAUUAAGCGAAGAGUGGGACGGCUUGGAUGAUGACGAGAGCUUCCAAGAGAUUAUGUUCGAGCAACGGCUAUGGGCACUAACUGCCUAUCAACGAUUGACGCAGAACAAACCCCUGCAGUCACCUGCGCAUGAGUUACUGAGUAAUAGUCAACCAGCAGAUCAGAGGAGGGUACUCCAAAUACAUGGUUCUCUAGUAUAUACGCUCUCUACCACCAAGACUCAGCCAGCUACCACGUACCCUGCGCCUCUCAACCAUCAUACACUAUACAUUCCUUCACUUGCAUCCCCAACGCCAUUUCCCGAUAACUACUUCGACGCCGUUAUCUCGCGUUCCGUCGCGACAGUUCUUCGAAACGACGACUGGGCUCGAUCAUUCUUCGACUGCAUGCGUGUGCUCAAGCCCGGUGGACAAAUCGAAAUACUCUCAGUGGAUGCACACAUGAGCUGCGAAGGGCCCAAGCUAUCAUCAUGGGUUGAUGAGCAUCUUUCCUGUCGGCUGGAAGCUCACGGCGUGAGCAAGCAGGCUUCAGACACUGUCCUCGACACAAUGGAGAUUGUAGGCUUCGAUAACAUUCGUCGCGCUCGCAUCGCGCUUCCAGCGCAUCCACCCAAGGUGGCACCUAAAGUGGCGCCAUCUGCAUCACAUACUUUUGGUGCUGCGAUCCCGGCUCCCACACCUCAAGAUACUCUGGAUACGACGAAGAUGAUGGCUUUCCUCGGCCGCCAUUUCUAUCAGGAUCUUUACAGCAGGUUCAUAGACGUCAGACAGGGAGAUGAGUGGUUCUGGUCGGAUAAGGAGAUUCGGGCGGAGUGUGAUCUCUACAAGACAAAGACGGCUUAG